GGGAUGAGACUUGUCAGUAGUUUCUAGUAAUAUCGUACUAAGAAAAGACGCUAUAUAUUGGACAAAUCAAUAAUUAAGUUUUAAUCAUGUCAUUGAAAGUUGUCGCUGAAACAAAGAUCAACAGUGAACCAUGCGUAAUUGCGUGGGAUAAUAAAUUAUUUGUCGGUACAGAUGAUGGCUCUAUAAAAUCGUUCAACGCCGAUUUGUCUCCCGCUGUCGCCUGGGCUGCCCACGGUGUCCAAAUUUUUGCAAUAGCUGCUCAUAAUGGCAACGUGUACUCUUCGUCUAACGAUGGUGGAAUACGAGUGUGGUCGGCGGAAGGAGAGAAAAUUACUGAAUUACAAGCAGCUGAUGCCGACAUAGGCACGUUACGUGUAUUUGAUAAUGGUCUUUACGCAGGAGAUGAAAAUGGAAAUGUUAUUGUAUUUGAAAAUAACAAAGAAAUAGCUCGAUAUAAUGUAUUAGAAGAGGUAAAAGACUUGUGGCUUUAUUCUCCAUUCCUGUUUACUGUACGAGACCUAGAUGUUACCGUGACAGAAAUCAAACCAGAUGAAUCAAGAACUCGGUUUGUAACUCGUCAUACUAUGGAAGGAUCUGCACCACUGCGAGUAACAGGAUCGCAUCUUUUAGUAAUGGCUAGAGGUGGUAAUGUCUUAAAAUUGCAUGAUGCUACUUCACAGACAAAAUUUAAACAACUGCAUGAAGUAAAGGUAAGUGACAUGAUAGUGACAAGCUUAUCAGUAUACGGCGAGUAUACUUUUACUGGUGGAUGGGAUGGUUAUGUUCGCCGGUGGAAGAUAGCUGAAGACCAAUUAGUGGCAGCUGGAGAACUCAACUUGGAAUCUUGCAUAAAUGCUAUUGUUGCUACAGACAAUUGUGCGUAUGUUAUUUUAAGUGGAGGAAGAAUUGUUAGUGUUAAAACUGUUUAGAAUAAAAUAUUUUUCUUUUUAAUGAUAAAUACCUACCAUUUCCUUGUCACAACUAUCUUGAGUAGGUAUAUUAAUGUUCUUCGAUUACGAUAAGAUCAGACCUUUAGUCCACAAGAACUAAGCGUCCAAUGCUAAUGUUUUUCAUGUCUAUAAGUUUGCAACGCGCUUUUGUAAAGCUGAAAAUGUUUUUUAUCAGCAAGUUUGACUGCCAUUCCUUGUAGUAUAAGUAAGUGUAUGUAACGUUUUUAUAACUGAAUAAAAUAUUUUUAAUUAAA